GACUGACGUUGUCAUAGCAACGCCUAAACACUUGACAUGGCGUCGCUUCUAACAGAUCCAUUGUUUGAGACUUAUGGACGGGGUCCUCCGCCAAUUAAAGAUUAUUAUCACUUUUUUGUCACCAAGUCAGAAAUAAUAUGGAGAUGGUGGAAGAUCUCUCCCAGAAUGGUGUACAGACACACCAAGCCUGGAGAGGUGAAGGAGUCUCUCAGUGACUUCUUGGAGGACACUGAUCUACAGAGAGAAGUCAGAGUGGUCUUUGGAGAUCAUGUCUUGGAGUUCACCAUGGCUUUGUGCGAAGGCCGUUACAAUUAUCUUGAUCGGCUGUCUGACUCACUCCUCCUACGGAUAAUAAACUUUCUGGAGCUUGAGGAUGUGGAUCAGCUUGGCCAGACCUCACGCAAGUUUCAGCAGCUGUGCGGGUCAGAGGAGUUCUGGGAGCAGGCAAUGCGUCGCCAUUGCUGCAGCAUUUCUGACGAAGUGGCGUCUCUGGCGAAGGAAAUAGGCUGGCGCACCGUUUUCUUCACCAACAAGUUACAUCUGCAGAAGCUGCUCAGCCGCAGGAGGAAGAUGUCUAAGGAGCAACAUGAAGGCCCCGGCACCGAUGAGGCGACACAGUCAGGGGAAUCUUCCACUGAAAGCUUUAAGGAGGAAAUUGACUUUGGUGCUGGAGCUGGUCCAGACUUUGACAAUAUAGAUCCACACGUUGACAGCACUGAGCCACACGUUGACAGCACUGAGCCACAUGUUGACAGCACUGAGCCACACGUUGACAGCGCUGAGUCACACGUUGACAGCACUGAGCCACACGUUGACAGCACUGAGCCACACAUUGACAACAUCUCCAACCAUAAUGCCACCUCUGGUUCAAACGUUGGAGUAUGAGUCCAUCAAACUCCUUUGCUGACUGUUUCAGGGACAACAUCAGGUUGUCUGAGGUUGAGACGUUGCCUCAAAACAGGAAGUUUUGACAGGAAGUCUUGAGGCAAAACUUCCUGCUCCCUCCCUAACUGAACAGGAGCACAAAGCCAAUCUGACUGACUUAUGCCUCAUUAAAAAUUGCUAAAAUUUCAGUUCAAUUCUUAUAGUUGUAUUACUAACAUGUGUGAUUAAAUAUCUGGUUAGUUGCUCAUUUGAA